AUGCAGACUUUAGUGAUGAUCGUUUUCAUGUUAGGGAUCUCCCAAGCGCAGACUGACUGGCCACAGAUAAAAGAAAAAAUAGAUACAUUUGUAAAUGAACUCCUUGAAUGCAAUGGAUUGAUCGGGAUGAAUCUGGCAAUUGUCAAAGACGGCGAAACUCAGUACACGACAGGCUACGGCUUCGCAGACUUGGAAAAUCAGGUUCCUAAUGAUGGCGAGACGAUACAUCUGGUUCAAUCCAUCAGCAAGUCAAUCGCUGUGACGCUAUUUGCCACGUUGGUAGAAGAGACGGGAAUAUCGUGGGACUCGUUGAUCACAGAUCUGUUGCCGACCUUUCGAUUCCGAGAUGAGGUGAGGAACAAGGCAAUAAAGUUGCGAGAUUUGCUUGGUCAUGUGACUGGCUUUCCCGAGAUUUUGAACGGGCCUUCCGGUACAAAGGAAGAGUUUAUCGAGGUGGUCCAAUGCAGUGAACCAGUGAUGACGCUGCGUGAAAGUUUCUGCUAUGUAGACAAAAAUUAUUUCCUUGCUGGUGUGAUACUUGAAUAUCUAACGGGUAAACCUUAUUCACAGUUAGUGAAUGAACGCAUCUAUGGCCCAUUGAAGAUGAACUCGUCAUUUCCAACCUACGCUGGCAUGAAUGAUGACUCCCUUGGCAAAUGGGCCUAUUCUUAUUAUUUAAAAGAUGGGGAGGUUACUCGCAUUAUAGAAUCUGAAGGCGGCGAUAAUGACUUAUUUGAGUUAACAGCGCCAGCAUAUGGAGCUAUGGCAACGGCUGAGGAUAUGGCGGAAUAUAUGAAGUUUCAUCUCGGGGCGUAUAGAAACGAUGGAUCCACCAAUCCAGUUGUAGAUCCAGAAAUAUUGAGGGAAAUGUACAAAUCAAACCAAGCCAUCAACUUUUUCACAUCGUUCCUUGAGAUUGACGGUCUCGAGGAUUUCCAAGAAACGUGGAGAAUAUAUGACUAUGGCAUGGGAUUUUGGAUUGGCAAUUAUAGAGACACUGAUCUAAUACAACACGGUGGUUACUCGAACCAAAAUACCCUUCUGACGAUGUUCGAAUACUGGAACAUUGGCAUCUAUACAACGAUAAAUGGACCAAUAAGACUCAAGGCACAUGCUGCGAUGACAUUGAUUCAUUUUUAUAUUGCAGACAUCCUUCGGGGCAAUUCUCCCCUCUAUGAUAUCAAAUACGCUUGUACAUACACUCUUCCUGAUAAAUACGGUGCAUUCUGCGGGCCUUUCAACACAUAUCCCGAUUAUACCAUCGACAAAUCAAAAAACUCAAGCUCUCCCAUUGAAACCUACAUUGGAACAUAUGGUAAAGGAGACGAAGAAGUCGAAAUUGAAGUUGAUCCUGUUACCCCUUACUUAGUGAUGACGAAGGGUUGUGAAAAGUACAACCUCUAUCCGGGCGGUGUGGCUAACUCCUUUGUUGCCGAAUCAAAAGGGGAAUGUUUUGGUUGUGCUAAAAGUAUUGUAUUUUCAAGCUUAUCAUCGCUUGAGGGUUUCUCAAGUCUGAGUAUAGAUGGCGUUAUUUUUCGAAACUCAAAGAUAAGUUCUGAGAGAGAAUGCGAUUAAUCAUGGAAGAACACUCAUGCCCCCCCCCCCAACCAGAGAUGACCAGGUGGAAUUCCGAUUUCUUUAGGGUUAGGGUUCACGAUAAUGGUUGGAAUAUGUUCGGGCCUGUCCGGUCAUCUUCGGUUGCGGACUAAAACUUGUUACCAGAUUAAUCAAAGGCAUUUGUUGAGGGAAAAAUGGCAGUGUAGUAAAAAGGAAUUAAUAGAUAGACUGCCAAGGCACUUUCGUGAGCCCAUUUUCGAUAUAUCUUUGUGCUUCCUUAUUGCUUUUAGUAAAACUGUAUGUAAUCAUCUGUAAGAGCUAUAAGUAUAUAUCUAAGAAUCGUCGAAAAUGAUCAUAUGUAAAAUGAUUGGACGCAAUUGUAAUUGAACAACGCAGAUGCGAGUAAGUAGUUACCAGUUUCACCACCAGGUGGAGUGGCUCGUUCGGGUCAGAUAGCAU